AUGAAGGGUUGUGCGUUGGCGCGCGUGUCGAUUGCCAAGAGACGAGUCGCCGUAGCGACGACAUGUGAGGCCGGCCUGCAUAUCGCCCAGCCUCGCGGGUCUGGGGUUCAGGCUGUCUGUGUUGCUCGGGCCGUCGUUGUUGCUAGGCCUGUGGCGGAACCGGCCUACGGCCCAAGCGACCGGAGUCGGCUAGUCACCGAGGCCGACGGAUAG